UCUGCGUGCGCGGGUCUUUGUAUCUGGCAGUGUCUGUUUUUGUUUGUAUACAUUUCUCGCUAGGGGGGCAGAGCUUUAAACUACAUUAUUAUCGUCAUCAUGCAUAUGCGGCGGAGUGCGUAGAGUACGAAAUUCAAUUUCCAAGUGACGAACAGCACUAUCAGUUCUAAAAUGAGACACCAAUGCCAGGGCGCUUUCAAGCAUUUGAUGCGUCACUGGCCGCAACAGCAUUCCAAGCAACUGAAUCUCUUCUGUCGUCAUCAAGCCCAGAACCAUGCAGCCACCCUUAUCCCCAAACACUUGCCGUUUCUCGCAAGAGGCAACAGGCAGGACUUGCUACUUAGCCCCAAAUUUCUGCAGAUGCGUAUUUCGAAGCCCUACUCGAAGUUCUCCUCAUACUUAAGCACAGAGCGAGCCAUGGAGUUGAUUUGCAAUCUGGACGAGGAGGAACGGAUUAACUUGCGCGAAGCCAUGACCACGCUGGAAGCUGCGAGUAAGAGGCCUGAGGCAAACACGGUGGAGGAGCCAACUGCUGGUGAUUUGUGGACCAUUUUCUUUGUGAACGCAGUGCCAUUCUUUGUGUUUGGUUUUCUGGAUAAUUUUAUAAUGAUUAUAGCCGGCGAAUAUAUUGAAAUGCGUCUUAAUACUAUUAUGACCGUGUCAACGAUGGCGGCCGCUGGCCUAGGAAAUGCCGUAAGCGAUCUUUUAAGUAUUGCCACUGCCAGCUAUGUGGAGAAUCUUUGUUUAAUGCUGGGACUGAAACCGCCUAAACUUACAGCGGCGCAGUUUGAACUUAAAACAAGCAAACGCGUAAUGAGUUGGGGGCGGAUUCUAGGUAUUACUUUAGGAUGUCUGCUCGGUAUAACCCCUCUGUGCUUUGUAUGAAAGGAAGAUCAUUAGGCGGAGGAACCCAACUGAUAUCAUAAACCAACUAAAAUAAAUAUAUUUCCCUGUUAAUAACUGUCAAUUAUUGUACCGCUAUUUUAAAUAUCUACAACUGUUAUUUCUGCAACUAAGUUAGCAUAACUUGCUGCAACACACAAAGUACCUUUCAACAACUAGCUAUGUAUGAACCUACUAUUAAAUCCAACCGCGGUAAACGCAAUCGUAGCGUAUUUGUAG